AUGCCUAAAAUUAAAUCUGUCAAAUUACCCUCUAAUAUAAAUAUUUCUUCUUCUUCUUCUUUAUCUACCUCUCAUUUUAUUCCUCUUCAACCUGCUCCGGUAGCACCUGAUGAUGAUACUUCUUCUCAACUUAAUGAAAUUCUCGUUUUUCCAAAUAAUUCUUCUCUUCUCAAUGAGGAAGAAAAUUUAUUAAUUAAUGAUCCUCCUUAUAAACUUACUCUUUCAUUAAAAGAUUUAUUAUCCCCUGCAAGAAAAACUCGAAAAAAUAGAAGUAAAUCUGAUGAUAAAGUUCCAAGACCUCAAAAUGCUUGGGUAUUAUUUCGUAAAGAUUAUGAAGCAAAUCAACGUGCUAAUUUCCCUGAUAAAGCUUUGAAAAUGAAAAAUGUUUCAACGGAUGCUGGUGAGAUUUGGAGAAAUCAUCCUGUAAAAGUUAAACGUUAUUUUGAAACUUUAUCAAGAUUGGCUCAUGCUCAACAUAAAAUUUUAUUUCCUAAUUAUAAAUAUUCCCCUAAAAAAAAGUCUAUUAUUAAAGAAUCUAUUCAAAAGGAUUGGGUUUUUAAGGAUAGUGUUAAACAUUCUAUUACUUUAGAAUCUUCUACUCCUAUUGUGGAACAUGAUCAAGAAUCUUCUGUAGCUUAUCAUACUGAUCAUUCUGAUUCUCCUCCCCUUUUAAAUGUCGUCAUUUCUCCUUCAUCUCCUGAAGAAUCUUGGAAUUCUCCAAUUACUAUUAAUUCUCCCUCUUCUCCUUCCUCAAAUUUUAUUAGUCCAUCUUCAACUAUCACUUCAAAUGAUUCAGGUUUAUAUUAUUCUUCCGUUACAUCAAUUCUUACUUAUUCUGAAGAAACUUUGACAAAUUUAUCAUCCUCUUCUGCAGCUUAUUAUAACUAUCAACAAAAUUUCACUUCAAAUUUAACCGAUUUGAAUCAAUCAAAUUCUGGUUAUCUUAAUCUUGAGAAUACUUCUAUUAAUGAUAUCAAUGAUCCGGUUUUUAUCAAUGAUGAAAAUUUUUGGCAACAUACAUCAACUUUUUCAAAUUUUGAUAAAUUAGAUUCUAUAAGUUCUUUUGAUUCUUUUGAUAUACAAGAACAACAACAACAACAACAACAACAACAAGAGCAACAAACUCCCGUUACUAAUUGUGAUGUUUUAAUAGAUGAAAGUUUAAUGGGAAAUUUAUCAGACUUAUCAUCAUCAUAUGAUGAUGAUAAUAAUAAUAUUCAUUAUUUCUUUUAG